AUGGCAACGAAGUAUGAAAACUUCCAGCACUUGGAAAAUGAGGAGAAAAUCCAGGGAAUUAGAAAUGGGUUGCUUCCAAUCCAGUCCCUCCUGCAACGUCUCUGCUCCAAGCCCUACCUCCUCCUGCUCUCCUUGGGCCUCAGCAUCCUGCUGCUGAUUGUCAUCUGUGUGGUCGGAUCCCAAAAUUCCAAGGUUCAGAGGGACGUGGCGACCCUGAGGAGAACUUUCAGCAACUUCACCUCAGACACUGUGACUGAGAUCCAGGCUCUGAAUUCCCAGGGCAGCAGCUUUCAGGAAAUGAUAACAUCUCUGAAAGGUGAGGUGGAGGAUCACAAGCAGAAACUGCAGGCAGCUCAUUCCCAAAUGCUCCUGCGAGUCCAGCAGUUGGUGAAAGACCUGAACUCCCUGACUUGCCAGAUGGUUGUUCUCAAGAACAAUGGUGAGGAGGGUGUGGGGAGCUCCGAAAAGACCUGCUGCCCCGUCAACUGGGUAGAGCAUGCGGGCAGCUGCUACUGGUUCUCUCAGUCCGGGGAGACCUGGCCUGAGGCUGAGAAGUACUGCCAGCUGGAGAACGCUCACCUGGUGGUCAUCAAUUCCAGGGAGGAGCAGAAUUUUGUCCAGGGACGUCUAGGAUCCUCAUACACUUGGAUGGGCCUCAGUGACCCUGAAGGAGUCUGGAAAUGGGUGGAUGGGACGGACUAUGAGAAUAACUUCAAGAACUGGAAACCAGGCCAGCCAGAUGACUGGCAUGGGCAUGGGCUGGGCGGAGGCGAGGACUGUGCCCACUUCCACCCUGACGGCAGGUGGAAUGACGAUGUCUGCCAGAGGCCCUACCGCUGGAUCUGCGAGGCAGGCCUGAGCCAGGCCAGGGAAAGUCACUGA